AUGUCUUCCCUUGCAUCUACUGUUGCCCACGCCGUUGCGUUCCUCACCCGACCCCUCCUAAACGCAUAUUCGGCCCCAACCACCGCCAAGCUCCAACUUGUCUUGGAAGCCAAUCUGACUGCGCUCUAUUCCCAGACCUGGGAUAUCACUAACCCUCGUAGUGGGUCAAGUCGACGCUGUUUGACCCUCUCACCAGACUGCCUGCCUCCGCGGGCAGUAUACGCUGCAUGCAUCGCAGCUGGUGUUCAGUGGUUUGACUGGGUUAACCUCCUUGGUACCCGCCAAUUCGACCUCGUUGUCGACCCAGGCUUGGUGGCCAUCCGUCAGUCUGGCCGCACAAUCUCCAUUUGGACAGAAGAGCUUCCUCAAAAGGCCUGUCACAACACGAAGACCGCAGCCCAGCUUCUCAUCGAGAAUGAUGCGGCAUCUGACGACCUGAUCUUUUCCAUGAUCGCCGACGAAAUUUGCGCCCCAACGUGGAUGACCCCGACCAUCGCGGAGUUUCCGGACAAGCCACGCUCCCAAUCCCGUUGCAGCUCCCGCUCAUCCAGCUCGAGUUCCGGGUUUUCUUUUGCUUCCUCCGAGUCGACGAGUGUCUCGUCCGUUUCCACUCAGUCACGCGACGAUUUUGGACAACCAAAACAGUCACGCCGCGAACGCGCUCGUCAAGCUCGCGUUUAUAUCGACACUUCUAAAAAAGAGGUGACCGAGUAUGACGGCGGUCGGACCUCUGUCCUCGGUGGUGGUGUUAUGCUUGGCGCCAAAAAAGCAACUCCCGCUCCCCCUACUCACGGCUGGCGAAUGCGCAUCUAG